GUUUUACGCGUGUUUUUCCAAUUCAGUUUCUCAGCCAAGGUGUAGCAUAGCCUGUAAUAUAUGUCCUUAAAACGACCAACGCCUCUUGUACACAUGCUGGGUUUCGACAUCACGGGGGGAUAUUUAUAUCUCGGGAUAUGCUGCUCCCCUUGAAAUGCACUUGUCGUUAUCGCGCUUCGGUAUCGCACGAUGACGUCAAGGUUAGUAUAGGGCGUCAUUGCCUGUGCAAUGGUGUGCUAUAUCGACUGAGCAGGCGUCAGAGUCGCCAAUUACUCCAACAUUUUGUAUCUGAACGCGGUGGAAUAUAUAAUUUCUUAGAAACUAGUGCGGUGACUUGAGUUAACGAGUGGUAAUGGCAAGCUUCUCUCCGCUGGUCCUGUCCAUCGCUGCCACCAGCUUUGUGACGUUCCAGUGUCUGUUCCAUUUUGUCAGUCCCUGUGUCUCUGCUCGGUUCUGCCCUGGGUACCGCCAUCUCAGCCCUAAACACACCAUAGAGUGGAACUCCAGAACUGUGUCUACAUUUCACGCCUUGAUAGUGGGCCUUUUUUGUCUCUACAUAUUACUAUUUGAUGAUGCCGUCAAUGAAGACCCAGUCUGGGGAGAUCCGUCACUGGUGAAAAUAAAUGUGGCCAUAACCUGUGGCUACCUCCUAUCAGAUAUGCUGCUCAUAUGUUACUAUUGGCGGGCGAUAGGGGACAAGUUUUUUGUAAUCCACCACCUGGCAGCACUGUAUGCUUACUACUAUGUACUGAGCAUAGGAAUGUUGCCUUAUUUUGCUAACUUCCGUCUGGUCGCAGAGCUUUCCACUCCUUGUGUGAACCAGCGCUGGUUCUUUGAAGUGCUUGGUUACCCAAAGAAAUCAUUACCAAAUAUGGUCAACGGAAUUGCCAUGACGCUAUCCUUCUUCCUGGUGAGGAUAGCGGUCAUGCCGAUGUAUUACAGCCGGAUGUACGCCGUGUACGGGACAGAACCUUUCUACCGGGUGACUUUUGGUGGCCGUUGUGCCUGGAUGGGCCCCAGUUUCUGUCUAGACAUUAUGAACGUCAUGUGGAUGCAUAAAAUGGCCCGCGGCUGCAUUGGCGUCCUGCGCUCUCCCGGAAAGGUAAAAGUGGAAAAGCUACAGAAUGGGAAAGUGCACUGAGGUUGCAAAAGGCUAUGGUGGAGUUAUUUUAUUGUAUGUCUGAUUCAAAUGGUUCAUGGACAUUUUUGGAUCAAAUGGUUCAUGGACUGGAAAUGUCUUGAGACUCCCUAGGAUCCCAUGACCAGCCCUAGGUAAAUUGUGUACCACUAUACUUAUUUGCUCAGAACACUGCCAAUUAAACAAGCUCUACAGUCCUCCAAAAUGAUGGGAGGGGACAUGGUAAAGGCCAUUGGAUUGCGUCUCCUCUUGGUCCUUACAGAUGGAGGAAGUGGAUGGAAACAAACAGACAAUACUCUAAAGCACAGCUCCUCUUGUCUGUUGGACCCUUUGUUUGUAAAUUGUAUAUGUCCACCCAAAGGUGUCUUGUGUGUAUUGCCACAAUUACAUGAACUGACAUGGAAGAGAAUGUUAAAGGAACUCACAUAGUUUUGUAAUGUUUAUGAAGCCAUAUAGAUGGCUCUUGUACAAAUAUCAUGAGAUAUUGUACGAAAAUAAAAUCGUUACUUGAAAUCUGUGUUUUCACCAGCAUUAGGAUGUAAAAGAAGUAUAUUGUCAGACUACUGAAGUCUAUGCUCAGGAGCCUGCUCAUGCAGUAGGCCUAGGAAAUAUUCGUCAUGCACAUAAAGUAUCAGGGUAGAUUUAGACAAACCACAGCAAACAAAUGCCAGAAUGUAUUGUAAUUUUAUCUCUAGAAGUGACCUUACUGAGUGUGAUUCAUGAUAACUGCAAUAAAAGUGCACUUAUGUCUAACCGACACACCCACACUAUAACUUCCCACAAGCAUCUCCACAAGGUUUACAAAUUACAGAUCACACUUCAGAAGUCAAGCUUCAUAAUGUAAUGUGAAAAAUGUAAUUAAAAGGAUACUGCAAGAUUCUGGCAUUUAAUCCCUUUUUCUGGUUACCCAGAGUCUGAUGAACUUGUAUGUCUGCAUGCAGUAUGAAGUUAGAAUAGCAAUGCUACUGUACCUUUAGACUUCCAGUCCUUGUGCUAUCGCUAGUUAACGUUGGCUAGCUAAACUACCGCUAUUUCCAUCAUACUGUGUGCAGAGACAUAAAAAUGGUAUCAACAAGUUCAUCUGACUCCGGGUAAGCAGAACAUGGCCUUAAAUGCAAGAAUCUCGCAUUUUGCCUUUCAGGUUUCCCUGUUGGAUCUCUGGGUGAGAAUAUGCAAGCUAUUUAUUGUGACAUUUACAGCUAUGUUAGUUAUAAUAUUUCAUUUAAAAAGAUAUAUUUUAAUAAUGUACUCUUUGAGUUAGUUGAAGUGAGUGAUUUAUUAACUUAAUUUUCAUACUUGCUUUGAUUGUCUUCAGACGACAACACUUGUCUGCUGCUGCUCUCUUGUGGAGACAAUGCGGAACUGCAAACAUCCCCUCAAAAGGAGGAUACAGUGGUCAAUGAGUUUUGAGGAAUAUUAAUAAAACAAUUAUUGAU